GUGUCUUCUUUAAAAUUAGAGCAUAAAUACAGAAAUGUAUGAUAGAUACUUGAUUUUUAAGCAUCUUGGGUGUUUUGACUGACUUUUUAUUUUUAUUACAAAUAAAUGUUCAGAAUAAGCACCAGAUUUUUAAUCACUUAGGAUUUAAAUGAAUGGCACCUGAGUGGCUUUAUAUUGAAGGUAUUUUUUUAUCAGUUUAAGAUAAAAUGCUUGUAUUCCUCAUUCAUUAGUCGUCUUUAAAGUCUGCUAAAUGAUUCAAUUGUUGCCUUUAUGGUGAACAUUUUAUAUGAGUCACUUCUUGUCAGUUGCAUGUGCUGACUUGUGUGUGUUCUGAAAUCUGGAAAUCUGAAAUCCAGAAGAGCGUGUUCAUUCAGUCCUGUACAGGAAUGAUGAACCGCACUGGGAUUUUCUUCAUUUUCUUGGCUUUUUCAGUGCAACUUAAAGCGACUUUACAAGGGCACAUCUGUGUGUCAGAUUACUACUCUACCAUCAGCUGCUCUUUAAAACUACCAGUCACAUCCACUAGAAACAUAUCAUACCGACUGGAAGCUCAAUUAAAAGACAAUGGACCGUAAGUAUGCUCCAGUUAUUCAUUGCCAUUGUCUGUUUAGUAAUUCAUGGACUGUGUUUCAGUUUUUAUAUGCGAAUGGUAGUAUGCAUUUACAGUACAGUGUAAGAUUUUCCCAAACAUGGAUUUUCACACACAGGAAAUAUGACUGCCAACUGCAGAGAGUACGUGAAGAUCACAUCUGCAGUUUAACAGUAUCAAACUUCAGGAGUGUUGAUAAAUAUAUACUUUAUUAUUUGGAAAAUGAAACUGAGAAUUCAACUCUGUUGGAUGCAUCUUUUGAACCAGUAAAAAAUAUUAAACCAAAGACUCCGUUUAAUCUGACGUUACAAUAUGCAAAUGGAAUGUAUAAUUUCUCUUGGAAGAGCGGAUAUGAAAAUCAUGUUUACAGAAUGGCUCUACCCAUCAUACACCAAUUCAAGUACUACAAAGAUGGAAAUACUACAAGUGUAAGAUUGAUUAUAACGAUGAUUGAAUUAUGAAUGUCCGCCAUUCAUUGGGCAUGUUCUCUGAGAACAUCCUCUGUUUCACCCACAUCAAAGAAACUUAUAUUACACCAUCUAUCUGUGUAUUCCUGUUUUGAAAAUGAAUGACUUCUAUGAAUGGCUUAACAUUAAUGUUACUUUUCCAAGGCGGUUAGUGUUCAAGCAGAGAAAGAUAUGAUUCAGAUUGAUGAAAUGAAGUUUGAUCCGGGCACUACAUACACUGUGAUGGUGAAGACUAUGAUAGAGCGUGGAACAGACUACAGGGGAAUGUGGAGUGACUGGAGCAGUGCAGUGAAAUGGAAAACAGCCUACAAAGAUGAGCCCAGUCAAGUCAGCAAGAUUGCCAUUGGAAUGUUUUCAGUGGUUGGACUUUUAAUUCUGCUGAUGGCCAUUCCUGCUGCAAGAUUUAAGAUGAAAGAAAUUUCAUGGGUUCCAACACCAGCAACGUACUUCCAGCCACUUGAUAAAAAUCACCAAGGCAAUUUUCAGUGUUGGGUUUUGGCAAAAAGUCCUUUACAAGAUUUUCAAGUUAUGGAAGACUUUUCAAAAAUUGACAAGAUUUCCGAGGUCAUAACCACACUACAGGAUCAGGUUGAGAAAAUGGGCAUGUAUCCCACAGCACAGUGCCCCACAGCUUAUGUGGGCCCCACAACUGAGGUCUGGGCCCCGUGCCAAAUGACUGAUACGCACAGCGAGACAAGCAUCUCGUGUGAGGAUUUUUCUUUGUUCUGCGAAGAGUUGCCUGAUAAAAUGGGGAACCUCAUCGAGUCUCUGAACGUGACGUGUCUGAGUGGGGAUGUUCUGUCUCUGAAGGACUCGGCUCUUAGUCUCGAGUGUCUCGAGGACUUCGAGGCUUCCGAAGCACCGGUUGUCAUUAACCCAAUGCCUGUGUGUUUCAAACAAGACUAUUGCACACUCACCAACACUCCCAAAGGCCCUGUUCCCACCUUCAACAGAGAUAUAGAGUAGGACGAAAACACCUCCAAUGAUUAAACGCAGGAAAGCAUUACACAACGAACAUCUGCAGAUAUGUGGACAUCCUCAAUUUAUAUCUAAGACUGAUCAUAAAAAAAAAAUAAAUAAAAAAAAUAUCUAGUCAUUCUUAUUCCUCAGUAAAAACAAGUUGUCCGGUGGUAAAGUAGCUCUGAUAUUCCCUCUACUAUUGCUUACAUUUCGAGUGAGGUUUGAGUUUUUGUGUGCAGUGAUUGAACAAUUGUAUUUUUCUUUAAUUCAUUAAGUGAUAUUAGUGUUGAAUAUAUUUUCCAUUUGUGAUAUUUGUACUGAGAAGAUUUAAACUGACUGCAAUUUCAAGAUAGACAUUUAACUGUUCACAAGUACUGUAUUUACACCAAGAUAAAUAAAGGAGUUUUCUGCUAUCUUGAAUAGGGUGGAUCUUAUGUACUGCUUAAAAGUAUUGGGCGCAAUAGUCAUCAGGUCACUUUUUUCCCAUGUUAACAAUAAAACCUGAUACAUUCCUGAAUCUUGUAAUUGCAGUG